AGAAACUCAAAUUUCUAACCUCAAAUAUUGUUUAUUUAUGUUUAUCAUCAAGUGGUCUGAGAGCUCUGAGAGGGAAUUGAGUUAGUGGAUAAUAUCCAUUGAUAAAAAUCAGUGAAAAUGUCCCAGGGAAGUCAGGACAAUCCAUCGCUGGGUAAUUUACAAUCUGUGGGGCCCAACAAUCAGUCCCCAAUGACCAUGCAGACGAAUUUGCCAGAGACCAGUCAACAAAAUCAACUACAAAAUGCUCAUACCACACCACACAAACAGAAUCAACAGUUAUCAUCUACUCCUGAUGUACCAGAAUUCCUGACGAAGACCAGACUCCAGGAGCUGGUCAGAGAGGUUGAUCCAACUGAGCAGUUGGAUGAGGAAGUUGAGGAGAUGCUGCUGCAGCUUGCUGAUGAUUUUGUGGAAACAACUGUCAAUGCUGCUUGUUUACUUGCCAAACAUCGACAUGCCAAUACUGUGGAGGUCAAGGAUGUACAGCUGCAUUUAGAGCGAAAUUGGAACAUGUGGAUUCCAGGAUUUGGCACCGACGAGGUUCGCCCUUACAAGCGUGCGACAGUGACGGAAGCCCACAAACAACGUCUCGCCUUAAUAAGAAAGUCCAUUAAAAAAUACUAGCUCAUCAAAAACAAUUUCUCCUUUUAUUAAUAACGAUGUUUCCAUAAAUAAGAAUAAGACACCUCAAAUUAUCAACAAUUAAUCGUGUAAAGCGUAUUUAUCGAGUGCAACUGAUCGAAAAGUGUCCUCAACAAUAUCAGCGAGACACCUGACAGCCUGAAGCAAAGCUGCCAGCAGAAGUGAAAACGACAGAGAUAUUAAUUUGCCCGGUACAAGUGCAUUAUCUUUAGGCAAUGAAUUACUCCUGGUAUAAUUCUUAUCCUUCCCUGUCGAUUCAUCAAUUUUACCACUAAUACAAUCAACAUUAUCCCUCGCUGUACAAAUACUAUCAAAUUUACGCCGACAGU